AUGAGUGAUGAAAGACUAGCAACAAAUUCAAAAAAUAAAACAAUGAGUCGAAUUUCUAGAUUAUUUCAAAAAAAGCCUAAAAAAAAGUCAAUGACACCUUCUGUAUUUUCAUUAACGCUGUCAGAUUCAACAUUAUCAAAACAACCUACUUAUCAAAGUACUACAAGCAUCACCAGUUCUCAUUUAAGUAUACAAAACAUGUUAGAAGUAUCCGAUACAAAAUCUCAUUUAGAACAAUUAUCUAUAAAUGAUAAUGAUUCAGGCUCUGCUCAUUUAAAAUUAACAAAAACAACCUCUAUUCAAAGCCAACAUUCUUUUAAUAUUCAACAGCUAAUUCAGCAACAGCGUAAUGUGCUUAAAGAGUUGGAUGCACAAAAGGCUCUCUAUUCAUCCGAUGUAAAUACAUUAACAGAGCAAUUAAAUAAUAUAAAAGAAAAAAUUAAGCAACGUACAACUGAUAUGGAUAUACUUCAAAAGAAUUAUCAACUUCAUCUCAAGUCAGUUCGCUCAUCUGAUGAUGAUCCACAAAGUAUUGCGCAAAAAUUACUUUAUUUAAGACAACAGAUUCAACUCCUAGCAGCUGAACUUUUACCUUAUGCAGAACCCUAUAAGACAGGAGAAAAUCUAAGUAUACUCUGGCUUAAUCUCGGCCCGUUUAUAGACCGACUCGGCAAACCUUUAAGUGCAGAACGUACCCAAAUGCUGACAGAAAAAUUCAUGAUGGAUGUCCUUGUUCAAAACUUAAAUAUUCAUAUCUUUCCAGGUCUGUCUUGUAAUUCAGAGUUUUUGGAAUUACAACAAUGGUUUGAACAUCACGAUCCUUCAUCCUUUUUUCCGACCCGUUUACGUCAGGAAUUAUCGAUGCUAGUUGUGCAGAAUAAUAAGGAGCAAGGUCACGGUGAUAUUCAAGCAACAUGGAAAAAGUCAGCAGAUCGUAAUUGGCAUCAUUUAUAUCGUGGACUACAAAAGGCUUAUCCAAGCUUUUUUACAGAAGAGGAAAAAAAGACAAAUACAUUUAGUAAAAAAUUACGUAAAUUAGUAGAAUAUACAAUGAAUUUAGGAUCAGCUAUUAAAGGACAAGAAAUAUGUAUAACAGCAGUAGACGUAAGAGAAGGAGUACAACCAUUUGAUGAACAAUUAAUGGAAGAUGUAGAUGGACAAACGAGCGGCAUAAUUACUUUUUGUAUAUGUCCACCAUUUGUGGUUAAAGUUUCAAAUAGAUUUGAGCCCUUAGUCAAAGGCAGAGUUCUUUGUUUUCCUAAUAAUAAUGAAGAAGAGAAAGAAGAAUUAUCUUCAAUACCAGAAUAA